AGUUCAGCGCGUGGGCCGGACACCGGUCGGAGGCGACAGUCGGCUGGGCGUCGGCGGCGGCGGCCGGCGCUGCGGAUAGCGGCCGUGACCGGUGCGGCCGCCAGAGGGCCGGCGCGGCCGCCCCCGCCGCCGUAUAAAACGGCCGGCGGCUGGCCACUCGGCUCCUGAGACCGGCCGCGCCCGUCCGCACGCCUGUCCGUCCGUCCGGCACACCGCAGCACGCCACCCGCACCGUCGGAGUCAGCUCAGAUAUAUCUGCCGCCAUGGACAUGGAGAGUGUGCGCAGUCGGCUAAACAGCGCCGGUCAGCAGCACCUGCUGGCCCACUGGGACAGACUGAGCGCCGAGCAGCAGCAGCAGCUCUACGACGACAUUCAGCGUCUGGACCUGGACGAGGUAUGCGGCUACUUCCGGCGCACCAUGGAGGCGCACAGCCAGGAGCAGGACAAGCUGGACGAUCGGCUGCAGCCCGUCCACCCGGAGGACUUUGGCUCGGCCGUGCGCUCCUCCCAGGAGCAGCUCCGCCAGUUCGAGAACAUCGGUCUGGAGGCGGUCUCGCGCGGCGAGGUGGGCGUGCUGCUGCUGGCCGGCGGUCAGGGCACUCGGCUGGGCGUCAACUACCCCAAGGGCAUGUACGACGUGGGCCUGCCGUCCAAGAAGUCGCUGUACCAGCUGCAGGCCGAGCGGCUGGCGCGCCUGCAGGAACUGGCCGGCGAGGUGACGGGCCGCGCCGGCGGCACCGUCACCUGGUACAUCAUGGCCAGCGAGGCCACCAAACAGCCCACACUCGAGUACUUCGAAAACAACGACUUCUUCGGCCUCGACAAGAAGGACUUGGUGUUCUUCGAGCAGGGCACACUGCCGUGUUUCACAUUCGACGGCAAGAUCAUCCUGAAGUCGCCUAGCAAGAUCGCGCACGCGCCUGACGGCAACGGCGGUCUGUACCGGGCGCUGAAGCGUGAGAACAUCCUGCAGGACAUGCGCGGGCGCGGCAUCAAGUACCUGCACGUCUACUGCGUGGACAACAUCCUGGUGAAGAUGGCCGACCCCGUUUUCAUGGGCUACUGCAUCUCGCGUGGCGCCGACUGCGGUGCAAAGGUGGUGGAGAAGGCGUUCCCGGAGGAGCCGGUGGGCGUGGUCUGCCAGGUGGACGGCCACUACCAGGUGGUCGAGUACUCGGAGAUCACGCUGAAGACGGCGCAGAAGCGCAACGCCGACGGCCGCCUCACCUUCGGCACGGGCAACAUCGCCAACCACUUCUUCACGGUGGACUUCCUGGACCUGGUGGUGAACGAGCGCGAGGCGGCGCUGCUCCACCACGUGGCCAAAAAGAAGAUCCCCUACGUGGACGACGACGGCGUCACCCGCAAGCCCGAGAAGCCCAACGGCAUCAAGAUGGAGAAGUUCGUCUUUGACGUCUUCCAGGUGGCCAACAACUUCGCCGUGUGGGAGGUGCCGCGGGAGGAGGAGUUCUCGCCGCUGAAGAACGCCGACGGCGCCGAGAAGGACACGCCGACCACGGCGCGGCUGGCGCUCUGCUCGCUCCACCAGCGCUACGUGCUCGCCGCCGGCGGACAGUUCGUCACCGAGAACGGAGAGCCCCUCCCACUGAUGCCCAGCCCGGCCGCCGUCGACGGAGAGGAGGCCAACAACAACGAGGCCCAGAAGGCGUGGCUGCAGCGCGAGCAGCCGCUGCUCUGCGAAAUCUCGCCGCUCGUCUCCUACGCCGGAGAGGGCCUCGAGCCGCUCGUCAGUGGAAAGAAGUUCCUGCCGCCGCUGCUGCUCAACGAGCGGCCGGCGCCGACCUCAAACGGCCACUGAGGUCGGCAGGGCCGCCGCGCGCCAGUACAAACUGCCAGCCAGCCCGGCCCGCUCCGCCGGCGGCCCCCGGCGCUCGGGCCGCGCUCCAUUCCGGCGCGACGGGAUCGGGCCGCUGCGGCCCACGGCGGCGCUCCGCUCAGCUGGCGCCAGCUGGGCCCCAAGUGCCUUCAGUCAUCCUCUGCUCCUGUGGGGAAUCCCGCGUACUGGCAGCGUGGGAGCGCGGUACAGAUAUUGUGAUAAACGCGUACGCACGGGUCGUAGUAGGAUCCCGAGUUGAUUAUUUUUAUACGUGGUCGCUAGGCAGUAGGCGCACAGGGUGGCUUGUGCAAUAUCAUGUGAUGUCAUUAAGCCGGCUCCGGCCGCGGCGUCCUGCGGGCCACAGCGGUACAAUGGGCGACUGCGUGGCCGCAUAGUGACGUAGCGCGGGCCGGCGCGUGGAAACGAAGGCGACGGCUAGUUUUAUAGCUUAUUUUAGGUGGUGCUUUGGCUUGCGCAGCCGGUUAUCCGUGCGCGCAAGGUGGUAAUUCCAGGCGAAUUUUAUGCCUCCUGGCCGAUAUUUUGACAACUGCCGAAGUGACGUGAUCAUUAUAUAUCUGAGCGGUGUUUACGCCCUCCUGAACGAUAAAGCAUAUUGUUGGAUGAGCGAAUCAUGAUGUGUUAGUCCAAUCGGUAUAUUCUAUUUUUACAAUAUGGCACGUCUCCACUCAUCUGGGGUUCGAUGUCGGUGAUGUCUUCUUUUCGUCUUUAAGCAUGCGACUCUCUCGUGUCCUUUUUACUGUGCACAUAGUCGAUAGAAUACACCAGCUGCCACGAUA